AAGGUUAGAAAUUAUAAAUAAAUAAUGUGGCGUCAAGUUAAUGUCUUCCGAGAGCAGUUUCAAGAAUGGCAUAUCUCGAAAGAGCAUCUCCAACGUUGAAAGAAACACUCCUCAAGAUAUAUCGAUGAUUUUGAUUUGUUUCUGUCGUGCUGAGAAACCUAUAGAGGUUGAUCAACAUUUCCACGAGUUUGGUUCGAUUCAAUAUCACAUCAAGUACUCGGUUUCGGAUCCAAAUAUUGUGCAUGUAUCGACGUCAACGUUGCUUGAGACGCAAGGAGACGUGACACUAAAGGAGAUUUCAAGUCACACUUAUGAGGUGGUUAAGAAUAUUGCAGUUGGUGUGAUUGAUAUUGUUGAUCCACCAAAAUUAGGGUUUCAAUUAACUCUUGAGCUUCACCUUGAUAAUAUUCCACGUGGCAAAGAAGCGAUUAAAACCAUUACACGGAUUUCUGAAAUACAAGCGUUAAUAUUAAGUAGCCAACUUAAAGAGAUGCUGAGACAUUUGAAUUUUCAAGAUGAUUCACGAGCGAUGAACAACAACAAAAGGCCCAUCAGGAUUGUUUAUCACCCAAGUGAACCUUUCUACGUCUUUAAACAGCCAGAGAAAAUUACGGCGGUGUUUCCAAUGAAUUUUAAAGAUAAUUCGGAUGUGGUCAUCGCCACGUCAUUCUUCCAGGAACUAGUGGAAGUGGGAAGCCAAAAGGAAAUGGGAAAGGCACCUCAAUGUAGUUGGUCACCAAUACCACCUCUCCAACUUAGAGGUGAACCGGUCCAAGACUUAACCACCAACUCUGGUUUUGUAUCUUUUGAUAUUACUUCACGGCACGUUGAAGGAAAGAGAUUAGACAAAACGGUUUGGAACUUGCUAAAUUUUUACGCAUACGUAAAAUAUCAUAUAAAGUGUUCGAGAGGAUACAUACAGAGAAGAAUGAGAAAAAGAAUGGACAGUUUAGUUAAGCUGCUAAAUAACACAAGCCUAGAGGAAGAAGCUGCUCAAAAUGAAAACGGAAGAUGCAGCAAAUACGUAAAAGAGUUUGUGAAGGUACCAAAAGGCAAACUAAUGAUGAAACAAAGAUGCAAGGAGAUGACAAGAAGAGUUAAGAUUAGUAAGUUCCGGAUCAAAAUCAACGGUUGUGCUCGGUUUCGAUUCAAUCAACGGUGGAUGUCUUUCCCCAAAUUCUCUUCGAAUCCCUCUAGUAAAUCAUACACAAAACUCGACUAAGUAUUGUGUCGACAUGCUUCAAAGUUCAAACUUGACUUUGGAGAGCAAUACGCGUUGAUGAAGUAUACAGUUAUACAUUAAAGUUUUCUUACGACAAUUUUAGUUUUAUUUAUAGUUAGUUAAGAAAGAACAUAAAUAAACCUAAUCAAGAGUUGGCAUUGAAUGAAUGCAGCAUGUUAUUACGUAA